AUGAAUGAUCCUCCUCAAAUUACAAGCAAUGGCACCAACACUGGCAAUCAACCACAACCACGGGAAUCGGUUAUUGCAUCCAUUGAGAGAACCAUCUUGUCAGUGGUUCAACGUAUGGCUCUUGGCAAGUCUUUGGAACUUCCUUCAUUUGGUCGACCCCAAUACAAUCGCACAAACAAGAAACAGAAAAAGACACGCGUUCAUGCAGCCCUGCAGCAGCAGCGAACCGCCAGCUUGGAUAUUGCAAAGACGUUUGCAUGCUAUUUAAGGGUCUUGGAGAUCAUCCAUGAAGCACUUGUAACAAGCGAGGUGAUAUCAAAACGCGACAUCUAUUACAGAGAUAUUGCAUUGUUUGGAACACAAAGCGUGGUGGAUAAGACAGCAGCAUCCAAAGGUCUUGUAUUUGGUCCAGCAAAAAUCACGCUCAAGAAUGGCAAAGUCAUCGAUUGCUCCACACGUGGUGGUGAUGGUGAAAUGAAUCAGGACUUGGACACGGAUGAUCAGGGAGUCUUGAUCCCACCCGCGAAUCAAGUUGCACAUAUGGAAUGGGACGCUGAUUUCUUAUUGAUCAUUGAAAAAGAGGCAAGCUUUCGACAUUUGGUGGCAUCGGGUUUCAGUACCAUGUUCCCCACAGGGAUGCUUAUCACAGGAAGAGGCUAUCCGGACCUUGCCACUCGUCAUAUGGUCAAAUACAUGUCAGCCCAAGAUCGAACGCUUCCAAUUAUUGCACUUGUGGAUUGUGAUCCCUAUGGUUUGGAUAUUUACAGCGUGUACAAAUGGGGAAGUCAAGCGCAAGCUUUUGAUUCACCCAACUUGGCUGUUCCAAGCAUCCAAUUCCUUGGCUUGAGUAUGCAAGACCGAUCAAGAUUUGGUAUCCCUCAUUCAGCCUAUGCCCCAUUGACCGUGCGUGAUCGUCCAAGGCCAUGA